AUGUGGCAGAGGAAUCAGACCUCUCUGGCAGACUUCAUCCUUGAAGGGCUCUUUGACGACUCACUCACCCACCUUUUUCUUUUCUCCUUGACCACGGUGGUGUUCCUUAUUGCGGUGAGUGGCAACACCCUCACCAUUCUCCUCAUCCUUGCUGAUCCCCGGCUUCAUACACCCAUGUACUUCCUGCUCAGCCAGCUCUCCUUCAUGGAUCUGAUGCAUGUCUCCACAACCAUCCCCAAGAUGGCUACCAACUACCUAUCUGGCAAGAAGUCCAUCUCCUUUGUGGGCUGUGCAACCCAGCACUUCCUCUACUUGUCUGUGGGUGGUGCUGAGUGUCUUCUCCUAGCUCUCAUGUCCUAUGACCGCUAUGUUGCCAUCUGUCAUCCACUGCGUUACACUGUUCUCAUGAACAGAAAGGUGGGACUGAUGAUGGCUGUCCUGUCAUGGUUGGGGGGAUCCAUACACUCCCUAAUUCACACAGUGAUCUUGAUGCACUUCCCUUUCUGUGCACCUCGACAAAUCUACCACUUCUACUGUGAGUUUCCAGCUGUUAUGGAGUUGGUAUGUGGAGACAUCGCUUUUUAUGAGAUCACAGUGUACAUCAGCAGUAUCCUAUUUAUCCUCCUCCCAAUCUUUCUGGUUUCUACAUCCUAUGCCUUUAUCCUCCACAGUGUCAUUCAGAUGCGUUCAGCUGGGAGUAAGAGAAAUGCCUUUGCCACUUGUAGCUCUCACCUCACUGUGGUUUGUUUCUGGUUUGGCGCCUGCAUGUUCUCAUAUAUGAGGCCCAGGUCCCAGCACACUCCAUUGCAAGACAAAGUUGGUUCUGUGUUCUAUAGCAUCAUUACUCCCACACUGAAUCCUUUGAUUUAUACUCUCCGGAAUAAGGAUGUAGCUAAGGCUCUGAGGAGAGUGCUUUGGAGGUACAUUAUCACUCAAAGACAGCAAUUGCAGUUGUCCUGA